GCCAUCACCACCACCUCUCUACCUCUGAGUCCACCCAGCCAUCUCCUCCCAGCCCAACGAUCCCAAGCCCGCAAACCACCAAUCACAGCCCAAACCCUCGCCGAUCCAUCCGAAAUGACAACCUCCACAUUCUGGCACGCCUUCCCAGACUUCCAGCCCAACCCAGCCGCCCGGAUCACCGAAGAAUUCAAGCGCCUAGCCGCACAUCGAGGAUGGAAAUCCGGCUCACGAACCUGGCGCAAGCGCUGGAACGCCUUCACCAACAUCGAAUACGACCGGAUCAUCGGCAGCAGCCUUACAUCUCUGGGAAGCUGGAACGAGCUUUGUGCGAUGCUGAGCCUGCCAGGACCGUUCCCUUCCAUCACACAAUGCAAGAAGGCGCUGUCGAAGGUAUAUGUCAAUCUGGUGGAUGUGGUCGAGUGUCGAGCCUUGGGUAUUAAGCCGAAGCGGUUCAAGAGCGUGGCGCAGCUGGCAUCGUACACCAGGAAAACAGGGAAAUUCUUCAAUCGGGACCUGGCGAAGCAGGAUAUGUUGCUCAGGGUUUUGUUGAGGAAGUUGCUGUAGAUGUUCAUAUGUCGUGGGGUUUGUGCUGGGGUCGGUUUUCUGGGGAAGGGAUGGUUGAUGUGGGUUUGUGUUGAAGAGAUUGGAAUGUGAGAGCCGGGCUCGCGGUCAAUGAUUCGUCUUCGAAGGUGUGGGGUUUGUGGAUCUAAAAGACUCUGUAAGAUAAAGAUAGGC